CGGCCCCCUCCUGCGCGGGGCGGCCGCGGAGCCUCGGCCGCACAGAUCGCUCAGGAAAAGACCAUUUCCUCUGCCCUCACCCUGAAGAACAGUUUAAUUUACCUUAGGAGUUUCCCAGCAGACCACAGGGAGCCCUACAAAGGGUCAGAGCUUGAGGAUAGCUGGACUCCAGACACCAACAUGACUGAGCGCUUUGAUUGCCACUACUGCAAAGAGUCUCUGUUUGGUAAGAAGUACAUCCUGAAGGAGGACAGCCCCUUCUGUGUGAAAUGUUAUGAAAAUCUUUAUUCCAACACCUGUGAGGAAUGCAAAAAACCUAUUGGCGCUGACUGCAAGGAUCUGUCUUAUAAGGACCGCCACUGGCAUGAAACCUGCUUCCACUGCUUCCAGUGCAAGAAUUCCUUGGUGGACAAACCUUUUGCUGCAAAAGAGGAACAUCUACUUUGUACUGACUGCUACUCCAAUGAAUACUCUUCCAAAUGUAAUGAGUGCAAGAAGACUAUUAUGCCAGGUACUCGGAAGAUGGAAUACAAGGGCAACAGCUGGCAUGAGACCUGCUUUAUCUGCUACCGCUGCCAGCAGCCUAUUGGGACAAAGAGCUUCAUCCCUAAGGACAAUCAAAACUUUUGUGUCCCCUGCUAUGAAAAGCAGUUUGCCAUGCAAUGUGUCCAGUGCAAGAAGGCUAUCACCACGGGAGGCGUUACCUACCGGGAGCAACCAUGGCAUAAGGAGUGCUUCGUGUGCACUGCGUGCAAGAAGCAGCUGUCUGGACAGCGCUUCACCUCCAGGGAUGAGUUUGCAUACUGCUUGAGCUGCUUCUGCAACCUGUACGCCAAAAAGUGUGCUGGAUGCACAAACCCAAUCAGUGGACUCGGAGGAACCAAGUACAUCUCUUUUGAAGAACGGCAGUGGCAUAAUGAUUGCUUUAACUGUAAGAAGUGCUCCCUUUCAUUGGUGGGUCGUGGCUUCCUCACAGAAAGGGAUGACAUCCUUUGCCCUGAAUGUGGAAAGGAUAUUUAAAGCUCAAACUAAGGGGUGAAGAAGAAGGGAUGAAAGCCGUGCUUGCAAUAUAUAGUCUGAAACACAUGGAUGUUUGGAGCUAGCUUUGCCACUCUGUGUCUCACUGUAUUAUUAACAUUUCUUAAUCUUUUUCUUUAUACUCUCCAAAUCUGGAGGGAAAAUAGCUUGAGAAUCUCUAAUAGCAGUGUUGGUGUUUAAGAUUUCUACCAAUAACAAAAACUAAUGCAAAACCCAUGAUGUAAAACUGUUUGGCUGUUUUUGACAUAACUUACCAUUUUAAAGAUUUUUUUCCUAAAAAAUAUUCCAGUUACAAUUGAUGCAGUUCAAGGAUAACAAUGGCCACACACAAUACAUUAAUAGGUGGAUAUCCAGGGUGAAGCCUUCUGCCCACUGAAAUUAAUGGCAAAGGACAUUCAAUUCCAAUAGGGCUGGUGUGAUCCCGGUGUUCUUGAGCUAUGUGACAAGUGUGUGCUGUCAAGUCUGUAGAAAGACUGCAAAAGUAGAGCGUGUUCCAAUGUACAUGGAUUUGUGACAUGCCAUAAAAAGAUAAUGAUGAAACAGUGGAAGUGGGAGUGCUUCAUGACAGGUACAUAUUUUAUUGCAUGUCUAGGUGAUCAUUGUGUGAAGUACAAGUUCUGAUCGACAAUGUCAGUAUUACAGUUAGUUGACAUUACA